AGGUUUCAUUCGCCUAAAUAUUUUUUUUGUAUAGCGAAAAUGCCAACAACUGUAUUUUUUGAUAUCGAAAUCGACCAAGUCCAAGCAGGUAGGAUUGUUAUGUCUCUUUUCAAUGAGGCACUUCCUAAAACCUGCGAAAAUUUCCGUGCAUUGUGCACCGGAGAAAAAGGAAUUGGAAAGAGUGGUGUUCCCUUACAUUAUAAAGGCAGUAUUUUUCACCGUGUAAUCCCUAACUUUAUGCUACAAGGUGGAGACAUGACCCGUCAUAAUGGUACCGGUGGAGAAUCUAUUUACGGUAAUAAAUUCAAUGAUGAAGGAUUCCCUUAUAAGCACGACAAACCCUACAAGCUUUCUAUGGCGAACGCUGGUCCCAACACAAACGGAUCUCAAUUUUUUAUUACUACAGUUCCUUGCGAAUGGCUAGAUAAUAAACAUGUUGUCUUUGGUGAAGUCAUUUCUGGCCAAGAAGUUGUCAAGGCAAUUGAACAAACUGGCACCCAGUCUGGAAAAACAACUAAAAGUAUAAGAAUUGCCAACUGCGGACAACUUUAACAAACUAAUUAAACCUAUUUAAAAUUUUUUUUAAACGUGUAACAGUAAAUUUUUACUACUCGUUAAGGUCAAUAUUUGAUAGAUGAUUUUUUAACUAUUUUUAUAAAACUUUAUUUAUCACUCUCAAAGUUUAAAAUAUAGUUGUUAGAUAAUGUCGUUUGAAUUAUACACAUAUUUUUACUAUAACUGCUUAAUUCUGUCAUAU